ACUCUCGAGAGGCCUUGGAGAAAAAAAUAAAUGCAACGAAUAAAAAAAAAGUGAGAAUGGUAGAGACGGCAGCGGCGGUCCGAAGACAAGACGCGCACUUUGUAGCAGGCAGGCAUCGGUGACACCGCUCUAUCUCGGCUUCAAAACCUUCUAGCGUUCUUCUGAACAUCUACACCAUGAGUCGCUACGCUCUCGCGCUGGUUGGCAUGACUCUGCUGGUAGCAGCUGUCUCGGCGGCGCCUGCCAAGGAACCAGAGCCAGAGGUCGACCCUUCUUCAGCUCCUACCGGCGGACUCCUGGAUGCCUUCAGAUCAGUCGGUAGCCAGUUCCAGCGCGUGGCCGACGGGUUCCCGCUGAGCUUCAACAACGCGGCGUCCCGCCUGCAGACGUGGGCCGAAGGCGCUGGCAGCACCGUGGGCAAGUCGGCCAGCGACUCCUUCCAGUUCACGAGGCAGCUGUUCAAGCCCUUGCGUAAGGAGGACGUCCAGCCGCCUUCGUCCACCUCCUCCUAGAUGCGCGGCGGGAGCUCCGUACAUCAUCUUCCGAACCGUUCACGAGAGACCGACGCGCGCCGAAAAUACGCACGCUCGAUUUCGAGGCCCCGUCUUUACGGGUGCCCGGUGACUACGACAAUUCCACAGAACAAAUAAUUAAACCACCGUUAAACGAC